GUAAAACUAAAAUAUUUAGCAAGAAACUAAAUACAUUGUCCUAUUUAAAGUUCAAAAGUUUACUUUAAAACAUUAUUCCCAAUGUAGUAUCUAACGCAAGACGACAGGGGACAGACGACAGACGAACAAAAACUGUCUAUUAAAUCCAGCUUUACAAAAUCGGAUUUAAGGAACACGGUUAAAUAGAAUUAAGAAAAGAAUCUCAUGAAGGUUUUCCAGAUUUUGUGGUAACUAGGCAAUAAAAUUUGAAAUGUUUCGAGCUGAAGACAGUUCUAAUAAUCUUUUGGAUGAAGCCACCCACCCUACAGUAAAUGGACCAGACUGGGAUAGAAUUCUACAAUUAUGUGAUUUAGUUGUGGAAAAUGAUGUUAAUCCGAAAUAUGCGAUGAAGGCUAUAGAGGCAAACCUUCUUUUACGAAAUGAAUAUACCAAUUUGCAGACUCUUUGCAUCCUGGACUCUAUGGUUAAAAAUUGUGGAGAAACAUUUCACGCAGAAUUAGCUAAUUCAAUCUACGCCAUUUUGUACAAGCUUAGCAACACUACAACUCCCGAAAGCGUUUUUCAAAGAAUUUUCACACUGAUAAAAACCUGGAGUACCACUUUCGUGGACAAUCCUAAAUAUGUCGUCUUCAGAGAUCUCGCCUGUUUGCUGGAAUCCGAUGAUUUCGAUGUACCGGGAAGUAAUUUCGAUAAUUCUGCAGCAGAGACAUUUGCUUUAACGAGCGCCUGCACAUUGUGUGAAAAUUAUGUCUGCGAAACCUGUAGCCAGCGUCAUACUUCAACUGACAAUUAUGUUACACUUGAUCCACCUUCAGAAGAGAUUGUAUUACCUCCAGAAUUAGAACGACACUUUGACUCCACGGAUGAGUUGUCUGAAGCAUUAGAAGUACAGUUGGCAAUGGCUAUCAGUGCAUCAGAGAUCGACAGUAGACGAGGAAUAGCCCAAAUGCCCAGAAAUACAACUGCCCGUCCACUGCCGGACUCGUACAAUGAACCUCUAAGUUUGGACCAAGCUUCUGGAAAAACGUUUCCAGCAGAUCCCAGAAGUGGACCACGGCAAAACCCUCCUCCGAAAUCUGCAACCAAAGUUUGUGUUAUUUGUCUAGAAAACGAAGCUCAAAACGCAUUUAUUCCAUGUGGUCACAAAGUGAUCUGCAAAAAUUGCACAUCUAGUGUCAAGUCUAGGAAUCCCAAAAAAUGCGUACUUUGCAGAAAACCUUGGAAAAAAAUACUCACAAUAUAUGAAUAAUGUAAUAACUUACUUUAUUGUGUUUAUUGUUAAUUAGUAAUAAUAUUAAUACGUACUCGUAUAAACAAAUGUAACACAAGAUAUUAAAACGCGUAGUCAUUUUUUGUUGUACUAACUGUCGAAAUUAUAAUUGUAGUUUUUGUUUAAUUUAUUUAUUUCUCGUUAUUGAGUGUAUGAUGAGGCCACAAUUUUACGAGUAAAACAUAUUACUUGACAUUUGCUAUAAUUUAAUUUCACUAAGUUAUCCUUACACCACAAUGAGAGAGAAUCUAAG